AUGAUGAGCCUGACCUCGGCGCCCGCUUCCCGGCCGUUGCGCCGGGCCGUGACCCCCGCGGGCCGGCAGACGGAAUCUCCUGUAGUGGAGCUGAACGUUGGGGGUGAGUUCUAUACCACCACCUUGGGCACCCUGAGAAAACUCCCAGGCUCAAAGCUGGCAGAGAUGUUCUCCAGCUCCGCCAAGGCCUGCCUGGACGCGGAGGGACGCUUCUUCAUUGAUCGCUGUGGCACCUAUUUUGGACCCAUCCUGGAAUAUCUGCGCAGUGGGCAGCUGCCCACACAGCACAUCCCCGAGGUGUACCGUGAGGCUCAGUUCUACGAAAUCAAGCCUUUAAUCAAACUCUUGGAGGACAUGCCACAGAUCUUUGGUGAGCAGGUAGCUCGGAAGCAGUUUUUGCUGCAGGUGCCAGGCUACAGUGAGAACCUGGAGCUUAUGGUGCGCCUGGCGCGUGCUGAGGCCGUGGCGGCGCGCUGCUCUAGUGUUCUGGUGUGCCUGGUACAGAACGAAAAGGAUGACGCAAACUGCGCGGACGCCCUGCGCUCCCUGGAGGCGGACAAGAGGUCAGUGGUCAAAUUCGGGCCUUGGAAGGCAGCCCUGGAUAUCAGGGACCUCCUGGACUGUAUGAACAUGGACAUUGAGGCCCAAGGGUACCAGGUACGCUAUUCACACAACAGUCCGUUACCGGCCAAGGUCUCCGACUACUUCUAUACCUUCAGCUUCAGCUGGUGGUGAUCCCCAGGGGCGGGGACUGUUUGUUAUGGGCUCUGGUGGGACUUAAGAAAUUAAAGGUUGCCUUCCAAA